AUGGGUAAUAGCCGUAGUGGGGCAAAGGACUCUGCUAUGAGAUUCAAGGCACGGGAACCGGCUAGAGCUUACACAAUCCGUACACGAGAGGAAGCUUUAGCACCAGAUGUUAUCACUGGAUUAGACAGAGCAUGUCGAGCAUUUGAGAAUUAUUUUGCAAAGCUUGUAGGAAAGCAAUUAUAUGCUAAGUUUAGGGAAGUCAAAUUUCUAGGACAAGUUGUAACAGCCGAGAGCACCAGAGUUGAUCCGAGCAAAAUUUCAACUGUUGUUGAUUGGAAGCCUCCGAGAAAUGUAUCUAAGGUUAGAAGUUUUUUGGGUUUAGUUGGAUACUAUAGAAGAUUUGUCAAGAGAUUCUCGAUGAUUUUUACACCGUUGAUGAGAUUAUUGGAGAAAGAUGUUAAAUUCAACUGGUUUGAGAAAUGUAAACAAAGCAUUAUUCAAUUAAAAGGAUUGUUAACUGAGGCACUGGUGUUAGCUCAGCCAGAGUCUGGUAAAGAAUUUGUGAUCUAUAGUGAUGCUUCGCUAAAUGGUUUGGGAUGUGUAUUAAUGCAAGAGGGCAAAGUAAUAGCAUAUGCUUCUAGAUAG